AGUACAUAGGACAAAAUAAAGUAUGUAUUGUACUUUCUGCCCCGCACCCCUGCUCCUUAUCGCUUAUCAGACCGGAUACGGCUUCAAGAAAAAUUUCGCCUGCACCAAUUGCUUGAGGGAGUUAUAAGAUAAAAAGGGCGGUUUAGACUCACCCGGCCUUGUCUUUGGUCUAGAUUAUACCUUUUUAACCAAGGCCGGCAUCUGCACCCAAUUCAGCAGACCAUGUCUAUCCAACACUCGGAGGACCCUCCCAGGGGAGGGGACGCCCCCUCGUCUCCCACCGCCUCCUCCAAGAAGCGCAAGGUCUCCCUCGGCGAGAUCGAAGUCGACCUCACCCUCCCCGAGCCGCCCUCCAAGAAGGCCCGCCGCGCCCUGAAGAGGGGUAAAUCCGACUCGACGAACCCCCCGGCCGCCGCCUCCGCCGACGCCGCCGCCGAAGCCGCUGCCAGCAAGAAGGCCGCCAGCAAGAAGAAGCCCACCUCGGCACACGGCGUCUGGAUCGGCAACCUCCCCUUCACCGCCACCAAGGCCGACAUACGCAAGUGGCUCAUUGACAACUCCGGCGGCUCCAUCACCGACGACGCCAUCACGCGGGUGUACGUGCCCACGACGAGGCCCGAAGCCGACAAGAAGAAGAAGCACGAUAAGAAGAAGCCGAAAAAGAAGGGGGCCGAGGAGGUGGACGAGGACGAGGACGACAACGACGACGAUGAUGACGACGAAAAGUCGAAGACAAAGGCGGGGAACAAGGGCUUCGCCUACGUCGACUUCACCACCUACGCCACCACCGUCGCCGCCAUCGCGCUAUCCGAGACGUCGCUGGGCGGCCGCAAGCUCCUCAUCAAAGACAGCAAGAACUACGAGGGCCGGCCCGCGCGGCCUGAGGGCGACGACGCGGGCAAGCAGCCCGACGUCGGGAAGAACGGUGCCUCCGCCGCCGGCGCCGGCGCCACCACCGCCAACGGGGCGCCACAGUCCCGGUCGACCAAGGUCUUCGUGGGCAACCUCGGCUUCAAGGCCAGCGAGGACGAGCUCUGGGCCCACUUUGAGAAGUGCGGCCCCAUCCGUUGGGUCAAGGUCGCCACCUUCGAGGACACGGGCAAGUGCAAGGGCUUCGCCUGGGUCAAUUUCCAGGAGGCCGAGGCGGCCGCCUGGGCCGUCCAGGGGUUCGUCAGGAUCCGGCAGACCGUCGACACGGUCGAGGACUUUAUGGACGAGGAGGAGGGUGCCCGCGGCGGCAGCGGCGGCGAGGCCGAGCAGAAGGAGGAGGACGAGGAGGAGGAGCGGGAGGAGGGACAAGGAGUGGACGGACGCGGCGACGUCGACGGCGACGGCGAGAAGAAGAAGAAGCAGCAGGCCAGGGACAGGAAAGGCAGCAAGGGGGAGGGCCCGCCCCAGGCCCCCCGCAAGACCAAGACCCGGAAGUGGUGGGUCAACCAGCUGCACGGCCGGACGCUGAAGAUCGAGCUGGCCGAGGACGACAAGGUGCGGUACAAGAAGCGCUUCGGCAAGGGCGGCGCCGGCGCCGCCGCUGCCGCUGCCAAGGCGCAGGGCUCCUCCCGCCCGGCAGCGGGGGCAGCAGCAGGGACCUCGGCCCCUUCGGAGCAGCAGGCGGUGGUUGGCGAUGGCGGUUCGGCCAAGGAGCAAAGAGCCGAGAAGAAGGAGGUGGAUCCUCUCAAGGUUCACCAUGAUAUCAACGUUGCUCGGCUUACUGGCGCGAUGGUGAAGUCUCAGGGUGUCAAGGUUACGUUCGACUGAGGCGGUACUAUUUUAUGACGACGGGGGAAUACCCAAGAGGCUGUCUGUCUAUCGUUCAUUUGGGAGAAUCUACGUUUUAUCACGGCGUGAUCAGUGAAAAAGCGACUCAGGCUUCAGCAAACCAUUACCCGUGUCACCCUGUUACCAGGACCGUAGCUAAGGUGCUAACUUACCAUGAAAAAGCCUUUUCCGAACUUCUAAAGGAAGCGAACUACUACAAUCACAUCCGCAAGCGCGUGGUACAGGUCAUGGUGACAACCUCGCAAAGAACGAUUCCCUAACCUA